AUGGAAGGGGCACUGGGGCUGCUGUGGCUGCUGGCUGUGGGCAGCGUGGGGGGGUCCAGCCUGGGGUCCCCCCUUGGUGGGCAGCAGCAGCAGGAGGGGUCCCCCCGGGCAGUGUCGGAGCAGGAGCUGAGCUGGGUCUCAGAGCAGCUCUAUGAGGCUGAGAGGGGCAAGGUUGGCACUGAGGACAUCCUCCUGCGGCUCCAGCACCGCAUCAGUGCCCAGCAGGCCAGCGAGGGCAUCGACUAUGCCAGCCAGAGCCCACGGCUCUGUGCCCCCCACGCGUCCCCAGCCCCUUCCCUCUCCCUCCUCAGCCUCUUCUCGCGGGUGAACGAGGAGCAGCUCCUCUCUAGCGCCACCUUCCGGCGCCUGCUGGCACUGCUGGACAACUACGAGGCGCUGCCAGGGCACAACGAGACGGUGACGGCGCAGGAGGAGGAGGAGGAGGAAGCCUUCCUCGAGGCUGUCUUCCAGACCCCAGUCAUGGCCACGCUGAGCGACUUCUUCCUGGCCAAGGGGCUGUACCCCUCGGAGGUGGCCUUCAGGGCUGACCUGCGGCAGAUGUGGUUUGGGCUCUACUCCCGCUCCGGGGGCAGGGCUCUGGACUCGUCUGGCUUCGAGCAUGUCUUCUGCGGGGAGCUGAAGAAGGGGCAGGUGUCUGGGUGCCACAGCUGGGUGCAGCUCUACCUCCUGGAGCGCUCCGGGGAGCUCAACUACCUGAGCUACAGCUACGACGGCCCCUGGACCACCUUCCCUGACGUGCUGGCACUGCAGUACCGCUGGAGGGGGCACCUCAAGAGCAUUGGCACCACCCUGAUGGGUGCCAGCCCUGAGUUCGACCUCGCCCUCUACACCCUCUGCUACAAGACCAGACCUGACCGCCUGUGCCACCUCAGCCUGGGGGGCAAAGCUGUCACCAUCCAGACCUACUCCUGGGCCAACUCCUUCUAUGGGCACAGGCAGCGCUUCGUGGCCACCUCCUACCCUGUCAGCCCCUGAGGGACCCCCCCCGAGAAAUAAACCUCUGCUAGGGCCCCCCCCAUGGAAAUAAACCUCUGCUGGACCCCCCCCCCCCCCCAUGAAAAUAAACCUCUGCUGG